UCUCCUCCCGUUGUGACUGCAAAGCUGUUCCCUGCAAGCAUCGGCAUCCUCCUCCCCUCUCUACAGUACUUUCUCCACUUUCCCCUACCUCGAUCGCUCCACCUGCAGCCGCGCGGCCGGCCGGAACCACCACCGCUCUUCGGCCGUGCCGAGAUCUUCCACUUGCUCUCAUGGACGACAAGAGUGAAAAGGGGAAAGACAAGGAUGGCUUUGCUUCCACUCCACCCAAUCGCCACAAGGCCGGGCUUAAAUUUUCACCCAAGGUGCCUACUAGGAAAACCCCAAAAUGUGUCCCUAAGAUGGAACCGGAAGAGGAGAACGAGCUCGACACAAUUGAUAAGGAGUUACUGAUGAAACUUAGAACGCCACAGUUUCAUAUGCAGAGUCAAGGGGCCCUCGAAAGAAGAUUCAAGGCUGAGAAAAAUGAAGCCUGUGUUCAGGUUGCAUUUGGACAAGUGAACUCUUCAACUGCAAGAUCCUUCCCCACCCCUAAAAGUUCUUCAUCAGUGAAACAAGAACAGGAGGUAAACCUUUUUAGCAAGUAUACGAUGUCUGGCGUUACGACUUCUGCUGCAAAGUUACCCAAACAGUUCACUGGACCUCAGGACUUUACCCAUCGCAGCUACAACUAUCCUCUUAUUACCCUCCCUCUAAGGAGGCCCCACUCUGCAAAUCCAGAAUUUUUUGAUGAAGACAUGUUUGGAAAGUUCUCUUCCAGCAGAACACAAGAUGGUGAAUUAACUGCAGCUCAGGAACUUGGGCUAAUGGACACUGAGGACAACAUGAAUACACCACAGUUGCUCUUCUUCCAGUUCCCUGCAACUCUUCCUUUACCGCAGGUUGUAUCCGUUGCUGGGGCAGAUAUGGACACGAGUGACAGUGAGGGUGUUGAAACAGAAGAACCCAAUAAGAAGAGGAGACUCGAGUCAAUCAACGGCUGUAAGCUAAAAGAUUUGCCAGGUGGUCUCAUGGGGAAGCUGCUCGUGUACAAGAGUGGUAAAGUGAAGAUGAGGCUCGGAGAUGCACUCUUUGAUGUUUCAGCUAGGUUUGGACUGCACAUUUGCUCAAGAGGCUGUAGCGAUCAACACAAACAAGAAGCACUGCUGCAGCCUGGGGGCUGGGGGAGGUGAACAAGCGUGCCAUCGUAAACCCUGAUAUCGAGUAUUUGGUAGACUCCAUCAAGAGGAUUGGAUAGCGUGUGGGGAACUGCAAAUAACUUCUCAUAUUACCUCCGAAAGUGACGCGAAGUGUGUUACUACUUACUACCAUUGCUCCUUUUUCACACUCAGAACUGUGGCAUUAGGAGAAUAGUGGAAAUUGAUAUCAUGACAUGGAUGUGGUAGUGACAGCAAGUGGAGAUGUUUUGCCGAUUCUUUAAAUUUAAAUGGUACAGUGGGUGCAUUUUCUCAAUUUCUGAGAUCUGUCACUUUGGUCAAGAGUUCACUGGUGAUUACCACCACACUGUCAUUUUCACUUAUGGGGCCUGCGUAGAACUCAUUUUGUUGU